CAUCGCGCUGCGCCGACAGAGCCUGGGAUCUGAUCACAAUGGAUGUUUGCAGAAGGCGUCUGGUCGGCAGUAUGAACCAGGGAAAGAAUAGGCUACAAAACUUUGAUGGUGUCAUUUAAAGGAGAUUAAAAUGUUAAAUUAGUGGCUGAACCUAUAAAGUGUAUUUAUAAUUUGUUUCAUAUGUUGAACCAUUUUCCUACUUCAUUGCAAACAGUACAUCAAUACUUAUUUUACAAUGCCAGAGAAAUGGUUAUUUUGCAUUUUUCUUGUUAUAAUAACGAAUCGUACAAUUGAAAGUAUAACCAAAAUAAGUCCAAAGCGAUGUUUAGUCUGGGGUCCAGGUUUGGAUGCAGAAAAAGUCCUUCCAGCUCGCUUUUUCUAUAUUCAGGCUGUUGCAGAAGACAAUGUCAAUUUUACCUCUUCACCAGGUGAAAACAUAUUUACAGUGAACAUGAAUUCCCCGGGUGAGGAAUUCACUCGCAUUUGGGUGCAAGUAUUGGACCGGAAGGAUGGAUCUUUCCUUGUCAGAUACAGAAUGUAUUCAAGCUACAGGGAUCUAGUCAUUGAGAUUAAAUUCCAAGAUGCACAUGUUGCUCAGUCACCAUAUUUUUUAAAAGGUCCUGUGUACCAUGAGUCCUGUAAUUGUCCACAAGAAGAUGGAACCAAGUGGUACAGGGACAUGCAGUGUCCCCUGUCUUUUCCACAGAUUCAAAGAGAUUUGUCCCAUUUUCCUUUUGUGGAUCCAGAGCGCAAUGCUAUAGAAAUUGCAAAAAGAUUUGGCCAAAGACAAAGUUUGUGCCAUUACACAAUAAAAGAUAAUAAGGUUUAUGUAAAAACAUUUGGAGAACAUGUUGGCUUUCGGAUUUUCAUGGAUUCCAUUUUGUUGUCUCUGACUCGGAAGGUGAAAUUACACGAUGUAGAAUUCUUCGUAAAUCUUGGAGACUGGCCUUUAGAAAAGAGAAAAGUGACUGAAAAGCUUCAUCCUAUUUUCUCUUGGUGUGGAUCAGAAAAUACAAGAGAUAUUGUCAUGCCAACAUACGACAUUACCGAUUCAGUUCUGGAAACUAUGGGACGAGUAAGUCUGGAUAUGACAUCAGUUCAGGCCAAUACAGGCCCUUCUUGGGAAAACAAAAAUGAUACUGCAUUUUGGCGAGGACGAGACAGCCGAAGAGAGCGCUUGGAACUUGUAAAACUCGGUAUCAAGCACCCUGAUUUAAUUGAUGCUGCAUUCACAAAUUUUUUCUUUUUUCCCCAUAACGAGAGCCUUUAUGGUCCAAUUGUAAAGCACGUGUCAUUUUUUGACUUUUUCCAGUAUAAAUAUCAAAUCAACAUUGAUGGGACAGUGGCAGCCUACAGAAUGCCUUACUUGCUAGCAGGAGACAGUGUCAUUCUAAAGCAAAAUUCAGUCUACUAUGAACACUUCUACAAUGAUCUGACACCAUGGGAGCAUUACAUUCCAUUUAAAAGUGAUUUAAGUGAUCUUCUGGAUAAAAUUCAGUGGGCAAAAUCUCAUGAUGAGAAGGCCAAAAUGAUUGCAAAAGCUGGACAAGACUAUGCUAGGAACAAUCUUGUGGCAAAUCACAUCUUCUGUUAUUAUUUUAAACUCUUCCAGGAGUAUGCUGCUCUUCAAGUGAACGAACCUAAGAUUAGGGACAGCAUGGAACUGGUGGACCAUCCAAACGAUGAACUGUUCCCUUGUGUGUGUCAUAGAACAAAGUCACGAGAUGAACUUUGACCAAAAAUGUGAAGAAGAGAACACUACAACAACGUGUUUAUGCAAGACAUUGGAUUUCAGUUCAGUUUAACGGCAUCAAUAUUCAUUUAUUAGUAUGCAAUUCUGGAAAAUCCCAACAAUCCUGUUCCGGCUGUUGUUCACGCAUCCACUGAUGAAAAGGAUUUGAUGGUCUAUUGUAAAAAAGAUAUACCUCAUAAUUGCCACAAAACUGCUAUUCGGCUGCAUAAAAUACUUGUUUGUUCAUCUUUAGCCACCAAAAGAGAUUUCUGAAAAAAAAAGAUGUGCGCUAUUUCAAACAUAAUAAUUUAAGACACAUGCAAAUGCUUAGGUAUUAAAUACAUGAGUAUACCAGGAAAGGUUAAUAGAUUGGAAGACUAAAGCUUAUUAACGGCAGUGCGAUUCUAUUUUAUUUCCAGAGGUCUGUUUGUAAUAGGUUGCAAUGUUGUCCAUGCACAAUUACAUUUGAAAUAGACACCUGGAGGGUUGGCACUAAAUCACUAUUUAUUUGGUUGAAUCAGCUUCAAAUAAAUCAUGUGAGAAUAAGAGCAAUAUGCAAUUGUGCACAUUCUCAGUUUUUCUUAAGUGGCACAUUUUAGAAAAUUUCCAGUAUGUUGAUGGCAAGCACAAUUGAACAAUGAAUUAUGUAACCAUUGGUGCUUUUACAAUAUUGUCAAAAUAUUUGAUCUGAAGUAGUUAGCUGAUUAUUAAUCUUUUUUUAAAUAAAAGCAUAAUUUCCUGUU